AUGAAGCAGUUGGAAUCUCUCGAUCUAUCAAGAAACUCCCUUUAUGGUCGAAUUCCCAGCAGCCUUGCAUCCAUAUCUGGUUUGGGUUAUCUAGACUUGUCUUACAACAACUUAACAGGAAGGAUUCCAGACGGCACACAGCUCCAGAGCUUCAAUGCUUCAAGCUUCGUCGGUAACCAUCUCUGUGGCCUGCCAUUGACAAACAGCUGCAGUGAAGGAGGAAUUGAAGAGAUGAAUGAGAAAGCUGCAGAGAUUGAGUGGUUUUAUGUGAUGUUGUCAUUGAGUUAUGCAGUGGGAUUUUCAGUGGCUUGUACAGCAUUAGUGUUGAAGAAGGCGUGGAGAGUUGCAUAUUUUGGGUUGAUAGAGAGGAUGUGGAUAAGAUUCACAACAUCUACAUAG